UGGGAAGGUCGGAGAAGAUGCCGGGUUGGGUCCCUGGAACUACAGUCAGUGGUCCAAAGGAGUGGGCCUGUUAGGGGGUCACAGGUAGUGGGAGGAGCGCUUAUGAGCUCCGACUGAAUGCCGGGCUCUGGGCUCUGGGGUGCCCUUGGCAUGUAUGGGCUCCCUUUAUUCCCAAGAUCACCAGCCCCCAACCCACUUCAUAGAUGCGCUGCCUGACCAUGCCCAUGCUGCUGCGGGCCCUGGCCCAGGCUGCACAUGCAGGACCUCCUGGUGGCCGGACCCUCCACAGCAGUGCAGUGGCAGCCACUUACAAGUAUGUGAACAUGCAGGAGCCUAAGAUGGACAUGAAGUCAGUGACUAACCGGGCAGCCCGGACCCUGCUGUGGACUGAGCUCUUCCGAGGCUUGGGCAUGACCCUGAGCUACCUGUUCCGGGAACCCGCCACCAUCAACUACCCGUUCGAGAAGGGCCCGCUGAGCCCUCGCUUCCGUGGGGAGCACGCACUGCGCCGGUACCCAUCCGGGGAGGAGCGCUGCAUUGCCUGCAAGCUCUGCGAGGCCGUCUGCCCCGCCCAGGCCAUCACCAUCGAGGCUGAGCCAAGAGCUGAUGGCAGCCGCCGGACCACCCGCUAUGACAUCGACAUGACCAAGUGUAUCUACUGCGGCUUCUGCCAGGAGGCUUGCCCCGUGGAUGCCAUCGUCGAGGGCCCCAACUUUGAGUUCUCCACGGAGACGCAUGAGGAGCUGCUGUACAACAAGGAGAAGCUGCUCAACAAUGGGGACAAGUGGGAGGCCGAGAUUGCCGCCAACAUCCAGGCUGACUACCUGUACCGGUGACGCCCCACCGGCCACAACCCCUGCUGCCCAAUAAAACUGCUCCAACCCCACGG